UUUCGGGGAGAUAUAGCUACGCUUAGUUUAUCCAAUUUAGUUUAAAAACAUCUGUAUAACACAAAAGAUAGAUUGGUUCUGUGCAAGUUGAGAGUUCAUCUGUUGCUAUACGUGGAGUUUGAGCUCGAGCUUCUCUGCUUUCAUUGCAUCUUUCAGCAGGACGCACGCAAAACACAAAAGUCGCGAUCAAGACUGCCUGUGAUAAGAAAGAAUGACAACGAAACGGUGCAAAAGCAUGGAUGAACCUCGUAGUAUGGCAUUACAUCAUAAUGCCGUACUAAUUGAUAAAGGUCCUCCAGCACUUUAUCGUUUGAACACAGAAAGAAAAUAUAUUGAUGGGACUAAUAAAAAGGUCAGACAGUGGACAUAUGGACGAAGAGACAGAAACAAGCAGAACAAAGUCAUACUGAUGGUGGGAGAAACCGGCACUGGGAAAACAACCAUCAUCAACACCAUGAUCAACUACUUACUGGGAGUGAAGUUUGAUGAUCAAGAGUUUUAUCAAAUCACAGAAGAAACUAAUCGUAAAGAUCAAUCACAAUCCCAGACAUCAGAGAUCACUGUUUAUGAAGUGUUUGUUGAAGAAAACCCAACAUCUCUGACCAUCAUUGACACUCCAGGAUACGGAAACACUGAAGAACACGAGGAAGGAUACGAGAAAGACCGAGAGAUUUCUGAGUAUCUGAUGAGAUUAUUUUCAGAUGAGGAUGGGAUUCAUUAUAUUGAUGCAGUGUGUUUUGUGAUGAAGGCGUUUCAGAAUCGACUCUCUGGAAAAGAGCUUUACAUCUUUCACUCAGUUCUGUCUCUGUUUGGUAGAGAUAGGAGGGAGAACAUAGUGUUUCUACUCACAUAUUCAGAUGCAGGACCUCCAACAGAUGCUCUUAAUGCCAUUAAAACAGCAGAAAUACCCUGCAGAAGAGAUGAGAGAGAAAAACCUGUUCACUUCUUAUUCAAUAACCGACAGAAAGAGGAAAGAGAUGAAGAGUAUGUGCACACAUUCAGAUCAUCAUGGGAAAUGGGAGAGAAAAGCGUGAAUCGGUUCUUCACACUUCUGGAUAGAAUGAACAGAAAAAGUGUUCAGAUGACAUUAAAUGUUCUGAAAGAGAGAAGACGACUUGAGGCCUGUGUCGACAGUCUGGUGGAACGAAUCUCUGAUAAAGAGUCAAAAACUGAAGAACUGAAUCAGAUUCAAGAAGCCCUCAGACAGAACAGAGACAAGAUUAAGAGAUGUGAAAACUUUCAGUUUACAGUCAAUAGAUUUUUCAAAGAAAAAGUCUUCAUUGAAAAUGAAUGGUGGUGGAACAGUAAGGCAACCUGCUGCUCUGUCUGUCAGGAAAACUGUCAUGAAUGGGGCUGCUUGUGGGCAAAAGAUCCCUCAGACUGCUGGGUCAUGGAAAAAGAACACUGCACUUUGUGUACAAGGAAGUGUCAUUACAGCAAACACGUCAAAGAGAACAAAAAAUAUGUGAAGAAGUCAAAGACCGACAUUAUGACAUUUGAUGUGCUCAAACAGGAGUAUGAAGGCACUGAUGAAAAGUCUAAAAUCCGCUUCGACAAAACAAACUAUGAAAAUAAUAAAAAGGAGCAUGAAAGUAUUGAGAAAGAGUCUAAGGAUAAAACUAAAAUAGAAAUAAUACUGAACCGCGAACUGGAGACGAUUCAAAAAGAAAAGCCCAUACUGCUGAAUGAAGCUUACGUGAUCAUCAUGAAACUCUCUGAGAUCACAUUAAAAUCAGACAACGCUUUCACUCUUCAACAUCUGGAUUUCUUGAUUCCCAGAUGGAAGGAGGAGGGAAAAGAUGAAUGGAUGAAGAACCUGGAGGAUCUGAGGAAAGCUGGAGAAGAGAGGAAGAACAAAGGGGCUUUAGAGUAUCUGGUGGCUUUUGGGAGACAAAAAUGGAAAAAAUUGUUCAAUCGUGGUAAAAAUGAAUAAAAUCUGAAAAGUCUAGAUGCAAAAGCAAAACAGAUGCUGCUCCAUUAGUGAAAACAAUUCACUAAAAAAAGGGUUUAAUGAGCAUAGGAAAUCCUUUAUUUUAUCUCUCAAAAAAUGUAUAUGAUGUGAAUCUGCAAACAGAAUUCAAGACUGAACUGAACACGAAAAAAAAAAACACCAUGCAAUAAAACUAACUAAUCUGGAGAUAUGAUCUCAAAGAAAGAAAUAUAACCAAACGUAUCUUCUCACCCAUCAAUAAACCCCCCUCUCCCUACUUUCCCUCCUUUCACUUUGGCUCAAGACCUGAAAAGCUAAUCAAGAAUUACUACAUACCACACCUGAUCAUCUUAUCAGUCUAUUGUUUUUUCUUUAUCUUUUCAUUUUUGAUAUCAUUUUAAUCACCUCAGUGUGAUCAGUAAAAAGGUCUCAAUUUCACAGCAGUCAUUUAUAUAAUGUGAUAGACUGAAAACAGGAUAAUUCUGUUCUCCUUUUUGGGUGGUGGAUAGACCCAAUCAACUUCUACAAAUGUCUGGACAGUAAAUGUUUACAGUUCUUUUGUUCUGAUCUGGUGUAUAUUUCUAGUGUAACUAGAAAAGCUCCACACAGAGCUGUAUCAGUGUCUUGAGUCCUGCACUCAGAACACUCACAACUGCUGUGUUUCUUUACUGUCAGAUAUGCAUCUUCAACUCCUAGAUUUAUCUUUGAGCAACUGUUAUGAAUUGAUCAUUUCUGAAUUGGCCUAUAUCUGUUUAAUUGUGUUAUUGGCAUGAUAUAUUUUA